GUCAACCAGUCAUGGAUAAAGGAACCUCUGAAGUCAGUCCCAACAUGCCUACAUUGACCAUCAAGAAGAAAGAAAAAUCCAAGAAGGUCACCAACAGUGUGGUGAUCUUUUUACUUGCUAGGCAACUGGGCAAGCACAGAAGUGAUGUGGAUUUGUCCAGGUGGGUGUGGAUGCUGAAUUAAGUCACACCCAGGGCCAAGAAGUCAUAAAAUUUUAGAAAAAAAAAAUUUUUUUUCUAAAAUUUAAUCUUAGAAAACAAAAAAAGACAACAAAAUGUAGAACAACA